UCAAAGUCUUAUCUGCUGCACUUUGCCACCAGCUAUUAGUCAUUAAUGUGUAAAAUAUAAAUCGGACCCAACUCCAUCAACCUCUGGACUCUGCUGCUGUUUGUCUUGAAGAAAGUUACUCUUCAGAAAAUUGGAUCGCUAACAAGCACAAUUAUGAGACUCAUUAGAGUGCUGGGCAUCCUGCUUGUUUUACACAUUGCUUCAUCCAGUAAGCUGGUGUGUCAGAUGACCAACUGGGCCCAAUACAGGCCCGGCAAUGCAAAAUUCACUACAGACAACGUUGACCCUUUCCUAUGCACCCAUGUCAUCUAUGCUCUGGCCACCAUCAACAACUUCAACCAGAUCGUUCCCAUUGAAUGGAAUGACGAGCAACAGUUCGGCACACUUUCCAGCCUUAAGAAAGUCAAUCCUGAUCUAAAAACUCUACUGUCAGUUGGUGGCUCAGUCAAUGGAAUAAGCCCAUUUAUCGGCAUGGUUGCCAAACCUGAGAGUCGUGCAGCCUUCAUCAAAUCAGCCAUCAGCUACCUGCGCACUCAUAACUUUGAUGGCCUGAACCUCGACUGGGAAUAUCCUGGACACAAUGGCAGUCCCCAGGAGGAUAAGGAGAGGUUCACGCUGCUGGUCACGGAACUGUCCAAGGCCUUUGAGGAUGAUGGUAAAGACAACAGAAGGACUAAGCUGCUGCUGUCAGCCAAUGUGGCUGCACUGGCUUCUACCAUUGACAGAGCCUAUGAAGUGAACAAGAUAUCACCCCACUUGGACUUCCUCAACCUAUUGACCUACGACUUCCAUGGAUCCUGGGACCCAGUGACUGGACACAACAGCCCACUGUACCCUAGCGCUGUGGAUUCUGGCUCACACAUUAAGCACAAUAUUGACUCUUCUGUGUCUCACUGGAUGGUUUUGGGAGCACAACCUGAGAAACUGUUGCUGGGUUUUCCCACUUACGGGCGCACGUUCCGUCUUUCCACUGGUAAUUCCGGCCUUGGAGCACCAGCUAAUGGCCCUGCAGAAGCUGGCCCCUAUACUCGCACAGCUGGCUUCUGGUCCUACUAUGAGGUGUGUGCCUUCCUCCCAAGUGCUACUGUUGAGUGGAUCUCUGAACAGGAAGUUCCAUAUGCCACCUAUGCUAAUUCCUGGGUGGGCUAUGAUGACCAGCGCAGCUUUUCUUCCAAGGUCCAGUGGAUGACAGCCAACAACCUCGGAGGUGCUCACGUGUGGACUCUGGACAUGGAUGACUUCAGUGGAUCUUUCUGCUCAACUGGAGCAUACCCUCUUGUCAACCACCUCAGGAUGUCCAUGGGCUUUCCCCCGAAACCUACCACCGCUCCACGGCCCACCACUACCAGAGAUCCUUUGGCAGACUUUUGCCGUGGUCGCCCUGAUGGCCUUUAUGAGAACCCAGCUGAUAAGACCACCUUCUUCCAGUGCCACUCAGGAAACACUCACCUGCAGCACUGCCAGCCUGGCCUCAUUUUCUGGGACUCCUGCAAGUGCUGCCACUGGCCCUGAACAACAGACUCAUAAACAUAAACUACAACACAUCUAAAGUUUAUGACUAUCAAAACAUAGAUACUUUGCAGUAAAAACUUUUUUUUUGCUGCAUUAUUCAACUACCACCCUAAUGAUGCUGAAGAGCAACAAAAAGUAACCCAGUGAGGAGAUUGUUGUAAUUUCAGGCUUCUUUUAUGCAACUCAUUUAUUUGCAGUACUAAACCAAUAAACAGAAUUACACUGUAUCAUUUCAUUAGCUAAUGAAAGAUUUGUUUGUUUAAUUGUAUAGUUUGUCUUCUAAAAAUAAAAGUAAGCAUGUUACAAAAAGUCCAUGUUACCAAACAAUAUAUACAAUUGCAUGGUUACAAUACAAUUAUUUUAUGCAGUGUUUCCCAGCACUGACUUCUAAGUCCAAUAAAAGAGGUUUUUGUUUGUAUUUACAUAAGACAAACGCAUUUCCCCAUUGUGGGAUAAAUAAAGUCUAUCUUAUCUUAUUGCAAAAUAAACUCCCUGAAU